UACUGUUUCUCACAGUGAGAAGCCUUUCUUUCUCUUCCCUUUCUUCCAGAGGAGCAUGUUAACUAUAAUGCAGAAUUAUUAAUUCCCUUCAUUCCGUGGGCUGUGAUUUUCAGAUGGGAAUGCCAUAGGCAGCAUAGACAACAGUUUGAAGAGGACAGGAUGUACUCAAAGGCAAUAUUUUGUCUGGGGUUCCGUCCAGGUUUCAGACCAGGGUCUGAAGGAGUGCCAGCUGCACAGACUUCUGUUCCCUUGUUCCCCAGGAAGUUCCCAGAUUUGCAGAUGAAAAUGGCAAGUUCCCUAGACAUCCCUCUGCUCGUUCUCCUUGUCUGCCUCCUCUUGGUCCAGCUGCUUACCCCUUGCUCAGCUCAGUUUGCUGUGAUUGGACCCCCUGAACCCAUCCUGGCCAUGGUGGGUGAAGACGUUGAUCUGUCCUGUCACGUGUCCCCCAAGAUGAGCGCAGAGAGCAUGGAGCUGUUGUGGGUGAGACCCAACCUUAGGGAGGUAGUAUAUGAGUAUGCAAAUGGAAAGGAAAUAGAAGACCAACAGAUGGCAGAGUAUCGAGGGAGAACUUCGAUUUUAAGAGAUGGCAUCACUGAAGGGACAUCUACUCUCCGAAUUUACAACGUCAGACCCUCUGACACUGGAAACUACCUGUGUUAUUUCCAAGGCGACAACUUCUAUGAAAAAGCCAUGGUGGAGCUGGAGGUUGCAGAGCUGGGUUCUGACCCUCACAUUGAAAUGAAGGGUUAUGAGGGUGGAGGGAUCCAUCUGGAGUGCAUGUCUACUGGCUGGUAUCCUCAGCCCCAAAUACAGUGGAGAGAUGCCAAGGGAGAGGUCAUGCCAGCUGUGGCAGCACCUUUGGUUGAAGACGGAGAUGGCCUGUAUGCAGUCACAGCAUCUGUGAUCGUGAAAGGCAGCUCUGGGGAAGGAGUUUCCUGUCUCAUCAGAAAUCCCCUCCUCAAUCAGGAAAAGACCACUGGGAUUUCCAUUGCAGACCCCUUCUUCUGGAGAGCCCAGCCCUGGAUAGCAGCCUUCGCUGGGACCCUGCCUGUCUUGCUGCUGCUUCUCGCAGGGGCUGUUUACUUCCUGUGGCGACAAAAGAAGGAGAAAGAGGCUCUAUCGCAGGAGAAAGAGGCUCUAUCCCAGGAGAUAGAGGCUCUAUUCCAGGAGACAAAGGCUCUAUUCCAGGAGAAAGAGAGAAAGAGUGCAGAAACACAAACAGCACUGGCAGAAAAGAAACAGAAACGAAGUGCAAGAGAGAAGCUCCUGCAAGAAUUCAAGAAGAGAGAGUUCCUGCUGAUGGCUGGUAGAGAGAAGUCUCAGGCCUAUGCUGAAUGGAAGACGGCCCUCUUCCAACCUGCGGAUGUGAUUCUGGAUCCUGACACAGCAAACCACAUCCUCCUUAUUUCUGAAGACCGGAAGAUCCUGAAGUUGGCAGACAGUGAACAAAAUCUGCCCGACAAUCCUAAGAGAUUUAAUACGCGUAACUCUGUGCUUGGCUGCAAGAGCUUCAUGUCAGGGAGACAUUUCUGGGAGGUGGAUGUGGGGGUCAGGAAAGGGUGGUAUGUUGGGGUGUGUAGGGAGAACGUGGAGAGGAAAAAACAGGUUUCUAUGGCACCCAAGAAUGGAUUCUGGAUUAUAGGGCUGUCAGAUAUGAAUGAAUAUCAAGCUCUCACUGACCCUUUGACCAAACUGGAAAUUCUCAAUCCUCCUCAAAAAGUGGGGAUUUUCCUGGACUAUGAGACUGGUGAGAUCUCAUUCUACAAUGCCAAGGAUGGAUCUCAUAUCUACACCUUCCCACACACCUCAUUCUCCGGGCCUCUGUACCCUAUUUUCAGACUUCUCGGAUGGGAUGACACCCCCUUGACCAUUUUCCCAGCACCGACAUGAGUAGGGAGUUCCCCUGUCAAUGACUUAAGGUCUGACCUUUCCCUGGAUACCCCAGUGACCCUGGGCCCUGCUGUUGGGAUUGGGGACCCUCAGGCUAAAGUAACAUCCUUGUUUCCCCUGCCCAGCCUGGAGCUGAGGGCCUCCUCCUUAACAGCAACACAUCACAACAAUAAAAUACUUACUAAAUUCCCACACUGUGUGAAGCACUUCACUAAUAUUAAUUCCUUAUGCCAUAUGACAGUAGAGUUUGAUGCCACUUUAUUGUCUCCGUUAUAUAGAUAAGGAAAUGGGGGUACAGAAAAUUGAUUAAUUUUCUAAAGCUGAUUCAGCAAGUGAAUGACAGCUGGAAUUUGAACAACAAUAUCUGACAUUUACAGAUAAAACAUGUGCUUGGUGCUGUGCUAAAUGCUUUAAGUGAAUUUCACUCAUUUAAUUCUCACAACAACCCCAUGAAGUAGUCUCAUUUUGAGAAUGUGGAAACUGAGGCAGGGCCAAGUUAAGUAACUCACGUAAUUCAUAUAGAAAGCUGUGCUGCUAGGAAAGGUUAGGCCCUUCUCCCACCCCACCACCAAGCCUGUUGUUCCUUUCUAGCCCUAUUGCCCCCAUGGUGAGGGAAACAUGUGCAUCCCUGAGGUUCCCUUUCCAUGACACCGCAUGUUAAGGAUCAUUGUAGGUGACUACAGAGGCCACACCCCACUUGAUUCCUUCAAGGUGGAUUGUCAGAGCCAUAGGUCCAGCACUUCACUGGAUUGUCUGAAAGGUGACGUGGUCCAGAGAAUGAAUUCACAGGGACCACAUCAUACAGGAUGUGAAGGGACUAGAGGCCAAACUCUUAACUAAUAAUGGGCACAUGUGUACCCACUCUCUCAAUGUGAUGCAUGAUCAUGGAGCCAGAACCAAUCCUCCUGCUAAAAAGUUCUCCAGGAAGCCUACCUUAACACCUAAAGAUUGUGUGUGGGAUAGGAAUUUGGGAGGAAGGCAGUUAGAUGAACUUUAGUGGUAUUUCUACCACACUGUAGAAUGCUUCUCCAGGAAAGAGAAAUUUCCACCCCUGAUCACUUAUUGAUGUUAAUGGAUGUUCCUGUCAACUGAUGGAUGCUGGAGGAAGGCUUCUUUUCAUUAUCAUCACUGUUAUUGUUCACCAUUGUAUCCCCGCUAUCUGGCAUGUGGUUGUCAAGUUACAUUUGGUGAAUAAAUUUGUUAAUAAUCUUCA